UUUGACGUUCUCCUUUUCCGCAUUUCACAACACGCAGUGAUGUGACUUUCGGUGUGAAAAUAUGUUUGGUAACAUUCGCAAGAAGCUCAAUUCUGUGAUCCAGGAGGGCCUCAGCAUCUCGGAGAACAUCUCCAGCCACUACAUCAAGCCAUCGAGCCCGAAGACUCCGCAGUCGCCGGCGACGCCCACGGGCAGUCCGGCAGUCGUCGCCAGUCCUCAGGCUGUGCCGCCGUUCAUCAACCUCUACGCCGGAUGCGAUCUGCUGGCCAUCAACGAGCGCCAGUGGAGCGAAAUCAGGGACCUGAACGAGCAGAACGCCAAGAAGGCGAGCGAGAUUGAUGGCAGUAUUUUGGAGCUCAAGGAUCGCACUGAGCGCACUCUGACCACCGUUCAGGACCUGAAUGUGACUCUGGCGGCACUGCCCGUGGUCGUGACGACCCUCAAUGGGUGUGUGGAUGUGAUAAGAGACGUGGGGGCGAAGUGCGAGACGCUGGAGAAGAAGAUGAUGGAACUGGAGGAUCUUCUGGAGGUCCUGGAACUGCAGGAGAAGCAAUUGGAUCAUCGCUUUGAGAUGGCAAUGUACAAGGAGAAGAAACUUGGUGCUCUUGAGAAAGUCAGGGAAGAGCUGGCAAAGAAACAUUCUGAUAAUGUCAUGAAGCACGAGCUGAAGAUGAGAAAAGUUCAGCAGGAGCGCCAGAGUGUGUUUCAGGAUGCAUUCCAAGAUGACAUGAAGUUUUACAGGGAGCAAGGCACUAUUCCAAAGGUGGAGACGAAGGCGGCGGAGAGGAAGCUGUCGCUAGAGGAAGUGGAGCUGGAUGAUACGGACACAAAGGACGCAUUGGAUGAGUUCCUCAACAAUUGACCAAGUCAAUUCUCGACAUCUCUCCAAAGUGCCAUGCCCGGAAGUCCGUUUCUCGCAACCGGAAGAGAGGAAAAACUGCCUGAACUGUUGAUUUAACUGAAAGUUGGUGCCUUGUUGACUUUUGCACAAUGAAAAUCCGAUGAGAAAUGAAGAUUUAUGAUUGUUUUUAAAUAUCGAUUUAUUUCUUCAAUAACAUCUUUGGUGUCACAACAAG